UCCUAAUACCAGCCUUAAGCUUUUCUUUUUGUUUAAAAAAAACAAAAAAAAUAAAACAAAACAAUAACACACGGAGAGAGCAGCAGUUGUCAUUUUCAUGGCGUCAUCAGAAGCUCUGGUUAAAAUCUAACCCUAGCUCACCUCCGUCUCCUAUGGUCUCCUCUCCUGCAACCUUCCAUUGAAUUCUUCUUUUUUUUUUUUCCUUUUUUCUUUUCUCGGCGGCGAAUAUUCUAAGCAAAUUUGUCCAAUUGUCAAACCGCAAUUCGCCUCUGAAUGCGAUCCAAUUCCGCAUUGCAUGCUGACCAAGACGAAGAAGAAGAAGAAGAAGAAAUUUGAUUCAUCCAUGGCAGCGAAGAAGAAGGCGUGCGAGUCGUUGUCGAAGAGCUUGAUCGAGGAAGUCCAGAAAUGGGGAUGCAUGAAGCAAACAGGGGUGAGUUUGAGGUACAUGAUGGAGUUCGGCUCCAAACCCACUCCUCGCAAUCUUCUCUUCUCCGCUCAAUUCCUUCAUAAGGAACUUCCGAUUCGAAUUGCCCGCAGAGCAUUCGAGCUCGAAACUCUCCCCUAUGGCCUCUCUCUUAAACCUGCCGUUUUGCAGGUUCGAGAUUGGUAUUUGGAUUCCUUCCGUGACCUUAGAUCAUUUCCGGACAUCAAGGACUCAAACGAUGAGAGAGAGUUUACGCAAAUGAUUAAGGCGAUAAAGGUCAGACACAACAAUGUGGUUCCCAUGAUGGCUUUGGGUGUUCAACAGCUGAAGAAAGGUAUGAAUCAAAAGAUUGUUUAUGAGGAUCUUGAUGAGAUUCACCAGUUCCUGGAUCGCUUUUACAUGUCGAGAAUUGGAAUACGAAUGCUAAUUGGUCAGCAUGUUGAGUUGCACAAUCCCAACCCCCCUCCUCAUUGUAUUGGUUAUAUUCACACAAGAAUGUCCCCAGUUGAGGUUGCACGAAAUGCUAGCGAAGAUGCUCGUUCAAUUUGCUUUCGUGAAUAUGGAAGUGCACCUGAUGUUAAUAUCUAUGGUGAUCCUGACUUUACUUUCCCAUAUGUCCCAGUACACUUGCAUCUUAUGGUCUUUGAGCUGGUCAAGAACUCCUUGCGUGCUGUCCAAGAGCGUUACAUGGACUCGGACAAAGUUGCGCCUUCCGUUAGAAUAAUAGUUGCUGAUGGUAUCGAGGAUGUUACUAUUAAGGUGUCAGAUGAAGGUGGUGGCAUACCCAGAAGCGGCCUGCCCAAAAUUUUCACUUAUCUUUACAGCACCGCUAGAAACCCACUAGAUGAGCACGCAGAUCUUGGAGUGGCUGAUACGGUGACGAUGGCUGGAUAUGGAUAUGGACUCCCAAUAAGCCGCUUGUAUGCUCGGUAUUUUGGAGGAGAUUUGCAGACUAUCUCCAUGGAAGGAUAUGGGACUGAUGCAUAUCUCCAUCUCUCCCGCUUGGGAGAUUCACAGGAACCUUUGCCAUAAGCUUCAGAAGCUCUCUUAAUUAAAUUGUAAUUGUCCAAAAAAAAAUUAAAAAAAAAGGAUAAUUUGCUUUCAAUUCCUUGUAAUUGUGUACAUGUCUGAAUGAUUUGAGGGAAGAAGCUUUGGGGGUUCUGUUCUACAA